AUGCUGAAAGUGACGCUUCUGCUGCUGGCGGUGACUGCCGCCCGGGCUCGUAUGAAUGUGUUGUUUUUGGUGUCAGAUGACAUGAGGCCGGAGCUAUCCAUUUUUGAAGGAAAAGAUUUCCCCAGUCCUGUCCAUCCUCCGAUGCAUUCACCAAACCUUGAUGCCCUCGCUCGGAAGAGUCUUCUGUUGAAGAGAGCCCAUGUUCAGCAGGCUGUGUGUUCCCCGAGCAGAUCAUCUCUCCUCACAGGACGAAGACCGGACACAACCCAUGUGUAUGAUCUGGUAGUGUAUUGGAGAGAUGUGGGAGGGAACUUCACCACCAUCCCUCAGUAUUUCAAGGAACAUGGCUACAGGACGAUAGGAUCGGGUAAGAUUUUCCACCCUGGACAUGCAUCCGAUAACAACGACCCGAUCUCCUGGACAGAUCCAUAUUUUGAGUCAGGGUCGCAAGCCAAUACCUUUGUGUAUAAAGAAAAGGUGAGUUGGAUGAAUGUGCCGAUGGAUCUUCUGAAGAACAACUCACUUCAAGACACCCAGAAUGCUGAUCAUGCCAUUAACAUGAUCAGAGAAGCGGCCCCUCAAGCUAGAUCUGGAGAACGUCCUUUCUUCAUCGCCCAAGGAUUCCACAAACCUCAUCUUCCUUUUGUGGCACCACAGAUGUUCUUUGACUUGUACCCAGAGUCCUCCGUCAGUCUCCCAGCUAACCCAUAUGCUCCAGACAAGAUGCCGGAAAUCGCAUGGUCUAGCUAUGGAGAGCUUAGAAACUACGUUGAUAUUCGGAAACUUAACGGUACAGGAGACAUCAACACCACACUCCCAAACGAUGUCAUCCUCAACUUGAGGAGAGCCUACUACAGCGCCCUCAGUUACACAGACUACGAGCUGGGACGUGUUGUCCAAGAGCUGGAGAAUCAAGGCCUGGCCAACAACACAAUCAUCUCCUUCUGGGGAGAUCACGGUUGGCAACUGGGGGAACACGGUGAGUGGUGCAAACACACGGACUUUGACAUCGCCACCCACGCCCCUAUGAUGGUGCAUGUUCCGGGUCUCACAGACAAGGGCAUUGUGACUGAAGAACUCACCGAGUUUGUGGAUCUGUUUCCUACUCUGGUAGAAGCUGCAGGUCUACCUCCUAUUAAUCUGUGUCCAGAAAACUCCACCAACGUUCUAGUCUGCACUGAAGGCAACAGUUUGAUACCUCUGAUGAAAGAUCCAGCAAGUCCCAACUGGAAGAAGGCUGUGUUCUCUCAGUACCCAAGAUCUGAAGACGGAGGUCACCAGAUGGGCUACAGCAUGACUACGGAUAAAUACAGAUACACAGAAUGGGUGAAGUUUGACAGGAAACCUCUCUAUAAACCGGACUGGAACAAAGUUUAUGGUAUUGAGUUGUACGACCAUAUUAAGGACCCCGAGGAAAACUUUAACUUGGCCUAUAACACUGCUGAAAAGAAACUUGUAUCUGAACUACGGAAACAACUACACGCUGGAUGGAGGGCUGCCAGACCAAGGGACAAUUAA